AUGAAUAGGAGCUAUACAUGGUGUGGCAAUGGAGUUGGUCUCCUUGGCCGUCAUAUCCGCAACUUAUGUGACCCAGUGACAAGAGCACUUGUUUCACUCCUACAUAUGGCGUCUACCAGAUUUGCCAAUAUUCAGUCUCUCGCUGCUGUGGUCGAGAAUGCUCCAGGUGUCUCUUUCGAUCUUGCUAUUCCGGAGCAGCAGCAAAGCACUAACAACGUCUAUCUGAUGGCAGAAUUGAAGACGCCAUAG